AUGCCGUGGUCAGAUUUCGCAAACGCAGACGUUGACGAUAUCGUCGACAAGCUCACAACAGACGAAGCCAUCCUCCUUACUGCUGGUGUUGGUUUCUGGCACACCCACGAGAUCCCCCGCCUCGGGAUACCUGCUGUCAAGGUCAGCGAUGGCCCUAAUGGUAUCAGAGGCAACCACUUCUUCAUGAGUACACCAGCAAAGUGCCUGCCUUCUGCUACCGCACUUGGAGCGACCUGGGAUACGGAACUGAUCGAGGAGGUUGGAUUGAAGUUGCUCGCAGGCGAGGCGAAGCUUAGAGCUGCACCUGUUAUUCUCGCCCCGACUUGUAAUAUCCAACGCAACCCUCUCGGUGGCCGUGCCUUCGAGAGUUUCUCCGAAGACCCACUCCUAUCAGGUCUCAUCGCUGCCGCAUACGUCAAAGGCGUUCAAAAAGGCAGUAUUGGAUCUACGAUCAAGCAUUUCGUGUGCAACGACAAAGAAGAUGAUCGCAUGGCAUACGACUCAGUUCUCAGCGAACGCGCGCUCCGCGAGAUUUACCUCAUGCCGUUCAUGCUUGCCCAGAAGUAUGCGAAGCCGUGGUGUUUUAUGACUUCGUACAACCGUGUCAAUGGCACCCACGCCUCUGAGAAUAAGCACCUCCUGCAAGACAUCCUACGCGGCGAAUGGGGCUUUGAGGGGCUAGUCAUGUCUGAUUGGUUCGGUAUCUACAGCAUAGACUUGAGUCUCAACGCUGGCCUCGACCUCGAGAUGCCAGGCACCAACAAGUGGCGCACGCUUGAUCUCAUGAACAGGUCUGUUGGCUCGAGGAAAUUGACUGUGAGGACCAUCAAAGCACGUGCGCGUAAAGUCGUCGAACUCGCCAAACGCGUCGCUCAGGAAGCACCUGAAAUCCUCGAUGGAGAUGGUCUCGAACGUACAGUCGAAAGCGCCGAGGACACAGCUCUCAUGCGCAAACUCGCAGCAGAAUCUAUUGUGUUGCUCAAAAACACCAACGCCCUCCUUCCUCUCAAUCCCAACAAGAUCAAAAAGAUUGCUAUUGUCGGAGGGAACGCAAAAGCUAUCGUGCUUUCUGGAGGAGGAUCUGCGGCACUCAAGCCGUCGUACUUUGUGUCUCCGUAUGAUGGUGUUGCGGCUGCGCUUCCUCAGGGCGUGGAGGUGCUUUAUAGCGAGGGCGCUAGCACCUACAUGGAGAUGCCCAUACUCGACUACGAGCUCUUCACACCCUCGGGCGAACGUGGUUGGACUGCUACAUGGUACGCGCAUCAAGACGACGAGAGCAUGACACCACUCAACACGCCCCACUCGGCGCGUCUGGUCGACGAGACGAGGAUAUUUAUCAGCACGUCGGCUCCCAAGGGCAUCACGAGACGUUGGACGAUGAAACUCGAGGGUGAGCUAAAGCCCCGCGAACGGGAUUGUUUGUUCGAAUUCGGAUUGACUGUUGCUGGACGAGCCAAGCUCUUCGUAGACGGCAACCUUGUCAUCGACAACUGGACCCGCCAGCGCCGCGGCCAAUCCUUCUUCAGCUCUGGUUCCAUGGAAGAAAAAGGCUGCGUCCCACUCAAAGCCGGCGUCAAACACCAUAUCCUCGUCGAGUUCUGCAACGUCCGCGCUCCAGCAGACGGUGACGAAGACGAAAUGGUGAUGGACAGCAACCCCGGUGUUCGACUCGGCGGUGCAGAAGUCAUUGAUGAGGAUGUGAAGAUGGCUGAAGCUGUAGAGAUCGCUAAGAAAGCUGAUGUUGUUCUUGCUAUUGUGGGUUUGAAUGCGGAUUGGGAGACGGAGGGGUAUGAUCGGAAGACGUUGGGGUUGCCUGGACGGACGGACGAGUUGAUUGAGAAGGUGCUUGCGGUGAACCCUAAUACCGUCGUCGUGACCCAAUCCGGUUCGUCGAUAACGCUUCCAUGGGCAGAUUCGGUUCCUGCUAUCCUUCAUUCGUGGUACUUGGGUAACGCGACGGGCGAUGCGAUUGCGGAUGUUCUGUUCGGCAAGAAAAACCCAUCGGGCAAGUUGUCCUUGACGUUCCCCAAGAAAUUAGAAGAUGUUGCUGCACACGGACACUUCCACUCUGAGAAUGGUGUGCUCCGUUAUGGCGAGGAUUUGUUUGUUGGUUACAAGCACUUCCAUCAUAGAGGCAUCAAACCACAGUUCUCGUUUGGUCACGGUCUCUCAUACACCACCUUCUCUUACUCGGACCUUCAGCUCUCCAAAGCUGUUAUCUCAAACGGCGAAUUCAGCCUGAACGCCAGCGUCACCAUCACUAACACCGGCAACCUCGCAGGCUCCGAAGUCGUACAAUUAUACGUCUCAAUGCCCACCACAUCCGAGUUGACACACCCUCCAUUACUCCUACGCGCCUUCCGCAAAGCUAAAGACUUGCAGCCGGGGCAGAGCGAGACGGUGAUGCUGACGCUGGACAAGUAUGCUGUCUCGUUUUGGGAGGAGAGGAUUGAUAGGUGGGUUGUGGAGAAGGGCGUUUAUGGUGUCAAGGUGGGGAGUAGCUGUGAUGAACUCCCAAUGGUUGGAAGCUUUGUGGUUGAGAAAGGGUUUGAGUGGAAUGGGUUGUAG